CCAAGGAGGUCAAACUGAUGCAGAGCAAGUUGGACUUUUCAGUCAGUGGCCUGGCCUUGCAGAUCGCUCCCGCGAGGCUGGCCGAAGAGGCAGGGGGCUUGUUAGUAGUCCAGUCGCUGCUAUAAAAUAAAGCGGCCAUGAACCGUGUUCUCGCUCUCGCGUGUGCGUCUUCUCUGCUCACAUGCCGCGAGGUGCUCCAGGAACAAGUGCCGUCCACCAGAUCCAGGCUCGGCAUGUUCGUGAUCGAGGACAAGGGCGGCGCCAUCGCGCUGAUGCUGGCGUCGCUCCUGUUCCUGGGCACCUGGCCGGCCGUGCUCACCCUGCUGGAGCGCCGGGGCCGCCUGCCGCAGCACACGUACCUGGACUACUCCAUCACCAACCUCCUCGCGGCCGUGCUCAUCGCGCUCACCUUCGGCCAGCUCGGGGACAGCAGGCGCGGCAUGCCCAACUUCUUCACGCAGCUCGGCCAGGACAACUGGCCCUCUGUGCUGUUCGCCAUGGCCGGGGGCGUCGUGCUCAGCGUCGGCAACCUCUCCACCCAGUACGCUUGGGCCUAUGUGGGCCUCUCCGUCACUGAGGUCAUCAGCUCCAGCAUGGUGGUGGUCAUAGCAGUGGUUGUCUGACAGACCAAGUUUCGUUUCUGUUCUGUCAGCUUUGAAAUGGAAGAAAAAGUCUUUGUUUUGAUUUCCACGUCUUCCAAUUCUUGUGUUCUUCAGGCACCACGCUGAACUACUUCCUGGACAACCGCAUCAACAGGGCAGAGAUUCUGUUCCCUGGUGUGGCGUGCUUCCUCGUCGCCGUCAUCCUUGGCUCCGCUGUCCAUUCCUCCAAUGCAGCUGACAAUGAGCAGAAACUCGGUGCCUCCACGAAUGCCUACAAACUCGGGACAAGUGGAAAUGUGGAACCAAGCAAACAAGCUGUAGACAGAGAUGCUCCCAAAGACUUGGAGGAGAGUGGAGCCUCUGGAAUCCGGCAACCUGACAAAGCUGAGGCAGGCACUGCAGAGUACCUCAUUGAGCUUGAAGAACGGCGAUCAAUUAAGGUAUUCGGUUCAAACACCUUCAUCGGGCUGGGGAUCGUCUUCUUCGCGGGCGUGUGCUUCUCGCUCUUCUCCCCGGCGUUCAACCUGGCCACUAACGACCAGUGGCACACGCUCAGGGACGGCGUGCCGCACCUGGUGGUGUACACCGCCUUCUUCUACUUCUCCAUCUCCUGCUUCGUCGUCGGCGUCGGACUCAACGUCCUGUUCCUCUACCGCCCCAUGGCCGGCGUGCCCCGCUCCUCCCUCGGGGCCUACCUCAGGGACUGGGACGGCCGCCAGUGGGCGCUCCUCGCCGGCCUGCUCUGCGGCUUCGGCAACGGCUUCCAGUUCAUGGGCGGCCAGGCCGCAGGGUACGCCGCCGCUGACGCUGUCCAGGCCCUGCCGCUCGUCAGCACCUUCUGGGGCGUACUGCUCUUCGGGGAGUACCGCAAGUCGUCGCGGAAGACCUACGUCCUGCUCGGCUUCAUGCUCUUCAUGUUCGUCGCCGCUGUCGCCGUGCUCAUGGCUUCGUCAGGUCACAGGAGCACAGAGUGAAUUGCAAGUCUUGUUCGUCCUCUGCUUGUUGCAAGCCCUUCCACUUGCGAUUGAUCCACGGAAAGAUCCAUCGUCUUCGUGAAGCAGGGGAAAUCCAUUCCUUCCAGCCAUUAAUGAGAUCUUCAGAACAAUGGAAUGGAGAUGUACAAAAAAAUGGUUGUUGUAUGAUUGAUCAAAUGUAUAGAACUAUUUAUAUUCUUUCCAAGACAAUUGGCUGAUAGGAUAGGAACUGUUCCAGGGGUGGAAAAAAUCUCUAUCUUUAUGAACAGGGUAAAAGCAAUGUUCAGAAAAAAGUAGUUUGUGCCUAGUAUGACAGAUUCAGAAUGGUAUCAGUACUCCCGCUGUUUUGGAA